GCUCUUUAUCUGAUCUUAAUUAAAUCUUAGUGUAUACUUCUCAAUGAUUCUCGGGACCUUAGGUUGACCCUUCAAGAUUGGAAUCAGAACAUGUCCUGGAUUAGUCAAAGAUGACUUCACAACGUGCGCUAUUUACUGCCAGCCGUACCCAGACAUUAACCUACCUACUUGCUGUCUGCCCUUUUUCAAUCGCUUUUCUGGUCUAUAUCAAUUCUUCCAUCUCGUUUGUGGUCACUGAAUUGAUCGGACUACAUGAUGGCGAAGGCGACGCCGUGGGAACCCUAGGUUUUGCAGAUGAAUUGCUCGCGCUGGCCGCGUGUCCACUGUGGGGAGUGCUUUCGGACCGCAUAGGUGUCCGCCAUGUAUGCGUGGCUGGCUAUAGCAUCAUAGCCGUCGCACUGGUUGUUCUCGUCCAAGCCAAGAAUGUUUAUCCACAACUUCUUUUGGGAAGGUUGUUAUUUAGUAUUGGCGGCUCUGCGGUCUCGACUAUGGUGACGGCAGUCCUACCGACCGUGACGGGGAGCUCAAGCGAACAAGAACCUUCAGAGACAGCAAAUACGCGAAACAGUUCCAGCCGUGGAGCAUUGCCUCAAGCACAAUCCGAUGGCGAAGUGAAUACUCCUUCCUCUCGGCUGGCUGGAUUUGUAGGAAUGUGUGCUGGUUGCGGCGCCCUGGUAUCCCUCGUUAUAUUCCUUCCCCUUCCCGCCCAAUUUCAGAAGUUGGGCUUGUUACCCUCAGAAGCCAUUCAGUAUAGCUACUACGUUGUCGCCGUAGUGGCUCUUUUGGUCAGCAUAUGGUGCCUGUUCGGCCUUCGAAACCUUCCUGGCGAGGAAAAGAAGGCAUGGAACUCACUGUGGUCGACCCCAGAUGAAGAAGAUGACCAGCCAUGUGCUGUUGGUGGCAAAUCACGACUACCAUAUUUGGACCAAUUUGGCGCAGCGGUAGUUCUAGGAUUCCGCCACAGUGAUAUCCUUAUAGGCUACGUCGGAGGGUUUGUAGCACGUGCCUCAUCAGUCGGGAUCUCCUUGUUCAUUCCACUCUUUGUGAAUCACUAUUAUCGAGUCUUGGGCUACUGCCAUGGUAGCCACAAUGAAGGGCUAGCGCUUAGUGCCGGAGAUAUAAAGCAUUCAUGCCCCGACGCGUACAAGUUGGCGUCGAUUUUGACAGGAGUGUCCCAGUUAGUAGCCUUGAUUGCUGCACCAAUCUUCGGGUACUUGUCUGACAAGUCUCGACGACGUCAUAUACCUCUUCUCUUUGCUUGCUUGGCUGGUGUCGUGGGAUAUACGACUUUUCCACUUCUCCCUACACCCAAAUUCAGCGGCGAGGGUGGUAACCCGACUGUGUUCGUUAUAAUGAGUCUAAUUGGUAUCAGCCAAAUUGGCGCCAUUGUCUGCAGCUUAGCCGUACUAAGCAAUGGCAUUCUAAACGCGAAGCUGAACCAGGAUAUUCCGAAACAAGCUAUUGACGCGGAGAGUGAAUCACACGCUGAAAGUGAUGUCUUCCCUCCAAUCAGUGAAGCGGACAGGGGAGCAGACCGACAGCCGCUACUAGCGAGGCACGAGAAUAAUCACAGACACCGACAAUUGUCGCAUUUGAAGGGAUCAAUAGCGGGUGUGUACUCUCUUUUUGGUGGUGCUGGAAUUUUGCUCCUCACUAAGCUGGGUGGUCUUCUCUUUGAUGUUCUGUCAUCGGGUGCUCCUUUCUACAUCAUGGCUGGUUUCAAUGGUGCAUUGCUCCUGGCCGGCGUCAUAGGCUGUCUUCUUAGCCGGAAACGCUAUCCUUCCGAAAUAUCUUGAAUCCUACCUGAAUGUACUUCGAGAUUUUAACCGUUCAUAUCCACACUGACAACCGGACAGUGGAAAUAAUCAGUAAUUAUGGAACUCUAUUAAGACCGUAGCUCAGGACGCAUAAGCUUUAAAUUGUUUUUAUUGACAUAUUGAUUAUAUUAUCAAGGUAUAUAAACAGUGGGGCGGUUAGGGGGUUAAGACAAUAGACAUGGAUCAACCUUGUCAAGGGUGUCUAAUACCUUCGUCUAGUGUCUU